AUGGAUAUUGAAAAUUUUUAUGAAAAAGAUAUCAGAACAUCCAUAGUUUGGACACAAAUACCGAUCUUAUCCUGGUUAUGCCCUGCUCUUGGUCAUGUCGGGGUUGUUGAUUCACACGGAGUAGUUUUUGAUUUUCAAGGACCUCGAUCUGUUGGUCGUGGAAGAAUGCUUUUUGGGGAUCCAAUGCAAUGUUGGAAGCUAGAUGUUGAUACAGAUAUAUUUGAUAAUGCAAUUUUACAAGCUGAAGAAGAAUUUCAUCACAAAAAUUACAGUUUACUAUGCUCUAAUUGUCACUUAUUUGCAGCAUGUGUCUUAGAAAAAUGCAACUAUCCUGUUCCAUGUUGUUGUUUUGGUAGAUGGACUCACUGCGCAACAAUAAAAAUUAUACAAGGUCUAGUGAUUCAUGGUAGGAGUAUUAAUAUAUGUCGAUCUUUAUUGCCGUGGAUAGGAUUUAUAAUAAUUUAUGGAUUGAUUGUCAUAUUGAUUCUAUUUGCGAAAGGUAUUAUUCCAUAA